AUGCAUAAACACACACGAGUAAAUUCUGGUCAUCAGAAAACUAACCUGAUUCUUUCUUUUACUAUCCAAGAUGUCGAAACGAGGUGUCGUGGAGGUUCUGCGGGAGCGAAGUUUAGGAUAUCUCUUGGUCUCCCAGUUGGAGCAGUUAUUAACUGUGCGGACAAUACUGGAGCCAAAAAUCUCUAUGUCAUCGCUGUCCAGGGAAUUAAAGGACGAUUGAAUCGUCUCCCAGCCGCAGGGUCUGGUGACAUGAUCGUCGCUACUGUAAAGAAAGGAAAACCGGAGCUUCGUAAGAAGGUAAUGCCCGCGGUAGUUAUUCGCCAGCGAAAACCUUUCCGCAGGAAGGAUGGUACUUUCCUCUACUUCGAAGACAACGCCGGUGUCAUCGUAAACAACAAAGGAGAAAUGAAAGGAUCUGCUAUUACGGGUCCUGUUGCAAAAGAGUGUGCUGAUUUAUGGCCUCGUAUCGCUUCCAAUGCGAGCAGCAUUGCUUAA